AUGGCGAACCCCUGGUUCCCACCCAACGGCAUCUCCGCCCUGUCUCCGCCGCGUCUCACUACUGGUGAUAGCUCCAUCCUCACUCCCCCAAUCCCCCUGACCCUCCCGACCCCGAUUUCCCUCCCCUCGGUUCUGCCAGCGACGAAAUCCUUCACCCCAAAAACUGCUGCUGGUUCCAAGCUCACCGGACCAGCUUCUUCUUCGACUAGCUUCUCUAAAUCUACUGUUUCCAACUCUGGAAGCUCUGCACCUUUGAACUUCAAAAUCCUUCAACCCAAACACUCCUCUCCUAUCCAAACUAAUAAAGCAUCUAGCGGCUCCACUAUCUUUCCAACCAACCCAUCCUCAAACCAAAACCCCAAAUUGAUUGCUACAGUAAACCCUACCACUGUUCAACCAUCUUCAACCUUGCCUGCAGCAAAUGAAACUUCCGCCCCCUUUAGCCACUCGGAAACCGUUCCACAAUCAAACACCCCUCCACCCAUCAUAAACAACCCACCCCCUGCUACCUCUACACCUAUUGACCCAACUCAAUCUGUACCUCCUCCUUUUCCCACCAACACCCCUCUACUGGAGAAAAUAAGAAAACUAGAGGAUAAGUCUUUGAAGCGCCUUGCUCCGGUCACUUUGUCGGAUAAAGGAAUCCCUAGAGUUCUCACUCCGGACAGUGUCUUUCAGAAAGGAGCUGAAAUACACAAAUAUUUCAUAAUCUGCUACUUUAAUGGAAUGCCCCCUCCUUUCAAUCAAGUUCAGAGUGUCCUCAACCAUAUGUGGGGAAAAGGAAAGCGUGUAGAGAUUCAUACUAACCCCUUAUCCAGAUCCAUGUUGGUGAGAAUACCUUCAGAUUACCUAAGGCAGAAAAUACUUGAGAAAUCUGUGUGGUAUGUCGGUGAGUCCAUGUUCCAUGCGGUCCAGUGGUCCUCCUCAGUCUCAGCUUCACCACCAACACUUGAAUCUAUCCAGAUUUGGGCUCACUUGACUGGCGUUCCUUUAGACCUCCGCCACCAACAAGGAUUGAGUCUGGUUGCGGGUUUGGUGGGAGAACCCAAGGAAACGGAUGACUUCACAAAAAAUUUGAGUGGUGAAGUAGUUGAGGUUCAAGUGUCAUAUCCCUGGGUACCACCAACCUGCUCUUUCUGCAAGGAGCUUGGUCAUGUAGCUCGUAACUGUCUCCAGGCUCCUCCACCUCCGAAACCUUCGGAUGUUCCUGCAAAGAAAACACAACAAACACAAUCAGCAUCUCAAAAAGGGAAAAAUGUGCCUUCGGAAACACCUACUUCUAAAAAACCUGAAAAAACCACCUCCUCACCAUCAUCAACCACUUUCCCUCAAGCUUCCACCUCCAGUGUCCCACCUAAUCCUGACCCUCCUGCCCCUCCCAUUCACUCUCAGCCACCUAAAACUCCGACUCAAAAAAACGCUACCCCCUGGCCUCUUCUCACCUCCUUGCUGUCAUCCCAUCUCCCUCAAAAAGCCCACCUGAUACCUUUAUCACCCCCUCUCUAA